AUGGUUAGAGUGAAUAACCAUGAACAAACAGACGUUCAAGAAUACCUUGGGAGUUAUGUCCCUACGGAAGACGGGAAAUUGGUGUUCCAAGAAGGGAUAUUGGUUGAAGCAGUGAGAAAGGGAAAUUGGAUUGUACUUGAUGAACUCAACUUGGCACCUUCAGAGGUGUUGGAAGCACUGAAUAGACUUUUGGAAUUCAACAAAGAAUUGUAUAUCCCUGAGACGCAAGAGGUGGUCAAGCCCCAUCCACAGUUCAUGUUGUUUGCGACGCAAAACCCCCCAAAUACGUAUGGAGGAAGAAAACAUUUGUCAUGUUGUUUAGAAAUCGAAUUACCAAAUUACAAUUUGACGAAAUACCUGAAAAUGAAAUAA